AUGUUGCUUUAACUGGAGACUUGCUCCAGAGUCAGCCAAAGACUCCAGCUACUGCUGCACAGCAAGCUGUGUCCUUUGCUGAGGGGACAAACUUUGAAAGAGAGAAAACAGCCAUGACUCAGCUUAGUCGCAGCCACUCUCAGAUGUCCAUAUUUGAUGAGAGCUCAGUAAAUGUGUCCCAGUUUGUCCAGCUCACAGAAACCUUCCUCGGAGAUGAGCCAACAUUUGACGGAUUUGAGAGCUUAAUGAAAUACGUCAAGUCAGAAUACCAGGAAACUGAGGAUGAGAAAAUGGAGAGGUUGGUCAGGGCCAGAAGGGAGGCGAUGUCAUCUAGACGAAAAAUGUUGUUAGAUCAGCUGUUUGAUAAGUGGGACAAUGACGGAUCGGGAUAUCUGGACCAAGACGAGGUGGAGAAUGUUAUGAUGAAGUACAAAGAUGGUCAGGAACAUGAAGCCAUUGAGAAAGCCAAGGAUGAAAUGAAGAAGAAAUCCAAACACCCAAGUGACAACCGUCUCAGUAAACGAGAGUUCCGUACCUUUGUUACUAUGGUAGCAGAUGCAAUGCCGGGAGCCGAUGCUUUUGAAUAUUUUGUAGAGUUUUUGAACAACAGUGUAGAGGAUAUAUUGAAUGCAGAAGAGCGUACGUACGCUGAACGCAUCAGAGGUGAGGCCCGUAAGAAGUGGUUACAACAGAUAAUAACAGCUGCAGACACUGGUGGGGCCUCCAUUGAACCGGUCUACAAAGCAGUGUUCCAGGCUUUAUAUAAGGAUGCUGAGGCACAUGGUGCCGGAAAGAACAUCAGUGGUAACAUCUCAAUGUUAGAACGUAAUGUAGUAGAUCGUAAACGAGGUGACGUCUGCUUGAGAUAUGUUGCUGCGACAACAGAGGACGCUGACUUCCUGUUAGGAAAGAUUCUCUACAAAGACAUGAUGGGAAUCAGUUUCUCAGCUGUGGAGAGUGGUAAACCAAUCCAUGUUCCUAGAGUAGCAAACCAUGGCAAUAUCAUGUUCUGGAAUCCAUAUAGAAAACCUGAUGAACGUGAGGGUUCAUUCAUUGUUAUCCCCCUGAAGGACCGUCGUAAGCGUGUGUUUGGUCUCCUCGGUAUUGACACACUAAGUGAUCCUCACACCAAGAGUAUCUUCAUUACACAUGAGAUCCAGUUCUUCCAGGGUGUGGCAAAAUCAUUCAGCAUUGCCUACCAUGCUAUUGACAUGCGCAAGAAACUGUUGCGUAUCACUGAAAGUGCUGUGUCCUGGAUUCAUCGCCGUAGUCCACAUGUGAAGGAAGUUGUCGCCUACAUCGUUGAACCAGAUGAGGAAAGCAAGGACUUUGUGUUGAGGAAGAUGAUGAUGACAGACAAGAGAGGAGGCAUUCAGAAUAUGCAAAACCCUCCCCGACUCGAGAGGAAAGAUAAUUUGUUCAGGGACUAUUUAUUUAAAGCCGUUGACAAUUCAGAAAGUGUAUCAGCAGAUGCGUAUGGAGAGCGCCACCUAGCUUUCCCACUGCGAGAUGAUCAAGGUCGUGCAUCAGCGAUAUUAGACAUUAGUAUUGGAGAGAUGAAACAGUUGCCAAGUCAUGAAAACCGUGAAGUUCAGAGAAUGUUGCGUCUGCUGCAAAUGGCACACAAAGAAAUAACCAAAGAAAUGGCAGGAGAGGAUAGAAAUGUUGUCCUAGAGGCAGAACAAAAUGAGGAAUCAAGAAUGGACAUUAUGUUUGACCGUCUCAUGUUGAUGGAAUUGAGAGAAAAUGUCAACAAACUUGACACAAAGGCCUUUGCUGAGCUUCGUAGCUACAAUGACCCACCAAGAAUUGUACAUGAUAUACUCAAGGCAGUCAAAGCUAUAUUUGACUUUGAGGAAACGGAACAAGGGCUUUUUGACGACUGGCAGCAAAUGAAAGGGCAAAUCAACAAUGAGCUCUUACAGAAGCUUACAACCUAUGACCCCACUGCCGGUCAAGAUCUCAUCCCACCGGAAAAGAUUGAAAAGUAUCUCAAGGAUGUACCACAUGGAGAAGUCGCUAAACACAGCUCUGUUCCCUCACAACACAUGUAUAACUGGGUGUUCGUCUGUCUGUCUCUGAUAGAACAUACACUUAAAAUGCGGGAAAAUAAUGCAGAUAUUCUUCCCCCCGGGGACGAGAAAGAAAGCAGCGGAGACAACCUGUUAGAACAAGAAGCUGAGGCUGAAAGUUAGAGGUCAAGGUCAUGAACUGGCUCUUCGUUACAUAUCAUAGUUUCAUUUGAAUGGACAUUUUCUAAUAAAAACUACCUGCUUUUAAUGUCAGUAUUUGAAAUAUGAGUUACUAUGUUUUGUAUGAUUUUAAUGAAUAAUAUAUGAUUAUGUUUAAUAAAUUACUUAAGAGAAAAAACCUUGAGAAUGUAUUUCACUAGUAACUUGGAUAGAUUUUUUUUUACAUCUGAAUGUGUUGGUUAAAAGAAAAUGUGCCAAGCAAUGUUAUAUGCCAAAUAUUACAGCAUAUUCUAGUACUAGGAGAAAAUUUUAUCUGUGAAACAAUAUAAGGGCCAACAAAGUACUGGUGAAUAUGUGCGAUUUUUGUAGUGGUGUUAUGCAUUUAUAUAGUUCAUAUAUAAGAAAGCUUGUGUGUCUAUGAAUCCACCUAAUGUGAAAUCAUUAAUUUUUGUGGACACAGAAUUUCAUGGGUUUGGACAAAACAACUAUUUUAUGGGGAUAUACAUGUUCAUGUAUAUAAAAUGAAUGGACAUUUUUCUUGUUCAUUUGGAUUUGUUUUCAUGGAAUGGCUCGACAAAGAAUUCCACAAAAAUUAUUCCUUGAAUAUCACUUUCACAGCUGUUUUGAUUUUGUGGAUGUUUCAUUAAUGUGUAUCUAGGUUUGGUCAGUAUGAAGUAUAGAAAGACCAGUCUUUAUGCAUUUUUACCCAACUUUUUUUAUAAAAAAUUUCCAUAAUUUUCAAAAGGAAAUGAUUUUUAGCACUUGUUUUCAGUGUGUAAAUAGACCAUUUCCAAAAAAUUAUUUUUUCAUCACUGAAGCCAAGUGCUCAUAUAUUCAUAUAUUGCAUUUUUAAUUUUUUGAAAAUAUCAAUGAAUUGUAGCUACAACAAAAAAUAAAUACUCAUAUUGAAACAAAUUGCAGGCAGUAAAAACUACCUUAAGACUGGAAACGAAUAAUUUAAUCCUUGCCUUAUUUCAACCAUUGAUUUCUUUAUCUGUUUAUCUGUGUUUCAGGUAUUUCUUUUGUUGAAACAAGAUAGUUCAAAUGAUAAUUUAAAGACAUGACUGUGCUUAAAGUCUCUGUUAUAAUUUAUUUGUAUUGUUUUGUUAAAGUAAAUGUUCCAUUUUUAAAACACUUAUUUUCAGUCUGUGAACUUUAGGAUUGUAUUGUUUAUGUACACCUUUAUAUGGUAUUUAUCUGUAUGUUAAACUCUGUGAUAAAUCUAAAUGUGAUUGUUUUGUCUUUAAACAUUUUAUAUUAUAUUGAAUAAAGUCUAUGAACAUUUUAAACAUUAA